CUCGGCCGGGCACAUCGCGCCCAUCCGCCCGGCAUGGAGAGCCGGCGCCUGCCCUCCUACGGCCGCCGCUUCGGCCCCUCCGUGCCCGUGUACCGGGUGCUCCCCGGCAGCUCCCCGGGCCGGCUCCGGGCGCCCCGCAGCCCCCAGCUGAGCGCCCGCACGGGGCCCCGGCUGGGCUCGGGCAGGAUGGACUUCUCGCUGGCCACGGCGCUCAACUCGGAGUUCAGGGAGACGCGCACCAACGAGAAGGUGGAGAUGAUGGAGCUCAACGACCGCUUCGCCAGCUACAUCGAGAAGGUACGGCUGCUGGAGCAGCAGAACAAGGUGCUGCUGCUGGAGCUGAACCAGGAGCGGGACCGGGAGCCCUCGCGCGCGGCCGACAUCUACCAGGAGGAGCUGCGGGAGCUGCGGCGCCGCGUGGAGCACUUGGCCACCGCCAAGGCCCGGCUGGAGAUGGAGAGGGACAACCUGGCCGAGGACCUCAGCAGCCUCCAGCAGAAGCUGCAGGACGAGGUGACCCUGAGGCUGGAGGCCGAGAGCAACCUGGCUGCCUACAGGCAGGACGUGGACAAUGCUGCCUUGGCUCGCCUGGACCUGGAGAGGCGCGUGGGAACCCUGCAGGACGAGAUCGCCUUCCUCCACAAGGUCCACGAGGAGGAGCUGCGGGAGCUGCAGGAGCAGCUGGCCCGGCAGCGGGUGCACGUCGAGGUGGACGCGAGCAAGCCGGACCUGACGGCCGCCCUGCGCCACAUCCGCAGCCAGUACGAGGCCAUGGCCGCCAGCAACGUCCAGGAGACCGAGGAGUGGUACAAGUCCAAGUUCGCAGAUCUGACGGACGCGGCCGCCCGGCACGCCGAGGCCUUGAGGGUGGCCAAGCAGGAGGCCAACGAGUACCGGCGCCAGCUGCAGGCCCUCACCUGCGACCUGGAGGCUCUGCGGGGCUCGAAUGAGUCCCUGGAGAGGCAGCUGCGGGAGCUGGAGGAGCGCUACGCCCUGGAGACGGCCGGCUACCAGGACACGGUGGGGCGGCUGGAGGAGGACAUCCGCAGCCUCAAGGAGGAGAUGGCCCAGCACCUGCAGGACUACCAGGACCUGCUCAACGUCAAGCUGGCCCUCGACAUUGAGAUCGCCACGUAUCGCAAGCUGCUGGAGGGCGAGGAGAGCAGGAUCACCAUCCCCGUGCAGAGCUUCUCCAACCUGCAGAUCCGAGAAACCAGCCUGGACACCAAAUCUGUGUCAGAAGCUCACGUGAAGAGAAGCAUCGUGGUCAAAACUGUGGAGACCCGAGAUGGAGAGGUGCUGAAGGAGUCCAAGCAGGAGCACAAGGAGGUGCCGUAGCGCGGGGGAGCCACAGCAGCCGCAGCUCCGCAGGUCCCGCCCGACGCCGCGCGGGAGCCCCGGGCCGGGCAGGGGGCACGGGAGGGACCGGGGGCGCUUGGGGGGAGCAUCUCCCUCCCGUGCACCCCUCGCCUCUCCGCGUGCCCCCGUGCCCAGGGGCCGGUGGCACCCCGUUGGGGGCUGGCAGCCAGCAGAGCACCGGGCGCACCGGGCAGCACCCGCGGGAGUCCGGCGGAGCCGGGCGGGGUCGCGCUCCCCGCCGGGCCGCUGCCGCAUCCCCACAGCACGGGGUGCCGCGGGCUUGGGGCCCUGCCUGCCUCAUCCUGGCUCUCCAGGGAGAGACGCUGUCCUGUUUCCAUCUCCGUGCACCGUCAGACAACACGAUGGUGCCGAGAGUAUCUCCCUACAUCCACUCUCUGGUCUCGGAAGCCUCCCUGGAUGGCCCCAGUGCACCCAGACCCUGAGACCCUCGGGUGGGGGGAUGCAGGGGCGAGGUACCGGCUGGAGAGGGACAUUGCCCUGUCACCAGGUGCUGGGUGAGCUCAGCUGGGAGGCAGGGGCAGGGGAGGCAGGAGAAAGGGGAGGAUGGAGAGGCAGGGGCAGGAGGAAGAGAAGAGUGGAGGAGAAGCAGGAUGCUCUUGGGAUAGUGUCAAGGGGUGACAAAAUGGGCAAGGAGGGGUUCCUGAGGGUGCUGGGGUGUCUGGGAUGGGGUGUGAGGCUACACAGUGGCCUCAAGGGCUUCUCCUAGCACAGAGCCAUGGGGCUGUCCUGAUCCCACCGGGUGACUGCCACCAAGGUGUCCCCAACACAGGAAAAACAGGAAAAACCAGACCUGAGGGGCUCAUGGUGUGGGGUGACUCACAGCCCUAUGGCAGGGGAAUCGCAUGCAGGUGAAAAUGGAGAGGAGAGGAAAGCAGAGGAGAGGAGGAGGAGGAAGGUGUCGGGGCACCUGUGAGGGUCUCACAGCCCAAGGUGCCACCUGCAACCAAGGAGUGAUGGGGGAGUCUCGUCACUUGGGGAUCACACUGGGACUGCCCCAGCCACAGUCCCUGCCCCACACAGAGCCUGAGCCCACCCCCUCCAUGGGCAUUGGAAGAAAUCUCUUGUCCCUGGGCUGCAUGGGGCCCUGUCCCCCACUUGUCCUCCCCCAGAGCAGCACUCGCCCCCAGGGCCAUUGCCCAGCCCGGGGCUCGCCCACAGCCCCGUCCUCAUCUUGGCUGCAGCCACUGACCACGAGCAGGACCUGCCUGAUGCCUCCUGACACAGGAACAACGACCCAGCAGCACUUCCCGUGCCCUGUCAGCCUUUGGGAUGAGCACACGGCUGCCCUGGGGUGCCGUCCCCUCUGUCCCUCGGUCAGGUGCCGAGCAGCUUUGCUCUGACUCCAGGCACAAAACGCCCGCCCCCAGAACUGCCGUUCCCAGGGCAGGAGGUGUGAUGGGAGAGCUGGGUGGUGCCCAGGGCAGGAAUGCAGGGGGAUGGUGCAGGGCUGGGACACCACGAGCAGCCUCCCUUGCUACCGAAUUAAUGCACUAACGCUGCUGCAGCUCGGGCUGAGAAUAAAGCUAACGAACACACUGAGCUUC